GAACGCCCCUUUUACACAAAGAGCAGGAUGCAAAACAAAGCCCGGAAGCUUCAUAUUCUGUCUGCAGCCAAAAAUCCCUUUUCUCCCGUCUGAACCAGGAAGAUGAUCUCAUUUUCUUUGAGUAAACAGCGCCUUUGUGUGAGCAGCUACUUCUGAGAGGUUUUGAAAACGUAAAAUCCACUUUUACUGAGGAAAAAGUGUCAUGGACGGGAGUUUAAGCAGAGCAGACUAUCGGGUUGGUGCCGCUGUGUCCGCCGCAGAGGGGCUGCCGCCGCUGCCUAAGAGCCUGAGCGGGAUCCUGAACUCCAGCGGCGGGUCGUGGAGGGACAUGCAGACGAUGCACAGCAAGAGGAGCCGCAUCCAAGCCGAGAUCAGCUGCAGAGGAGGCAGAGAGGCGGCUGCUGCCAAGCCUGGUGGACUGGACGCUGCGCUGGCGCUGCUGCGCAAAGAGAUGGUGGGUCUACGUCAGCUCGACAUGUCUCUGCUCUGCCAGCUGUGGUCUCUCCAGGAGGCCAUCCAGGAAUGCAAGGGCGAAGCCUCCAUCACCGCUGAUAACGGCUACUCUGAGGAUGAAGAGGAGGAGGAGGAGGAUGAACUAGAGGAGAACAAUGAGGAUAAAGCACAAAAUUCUUCUCAGCAUUCUCCCAGAAACUCCUUUCAUUUUCACUAGUAAAUACAAACACAUGGACCAAUGGUGAAAAGAGACCGUUUGGCUCUUUGAGACCCUUUUUUAUUGACGUUUUAAUUUAUCACAUGCCUGUUUAUCAGGCACAUUUUGCUCAAUAACAAAGCAUACGAUGCUUGUUUUGUAGAAAAGCAGUUAACUAAACAAUGUUUUAUAUGAGAUCACUGUUAUGUUCAUGUUAACUUUAAGCACAUUAAUGUGGCUUUUAUUUUUUCUUAUAGGUUAGUUUUGUUUGCCCAUCACACCACAUCAUUCAUAUCCUACUUAGAACCUGAUGGGCUUGAGAAAGAAUUUAAGUACGGUACUCAUUUAUUAACUUUUAUGCCUGAUUUAAUAAAUUAUUAUUUUUAAUCAUUUGCAUAUAGUUUGUGUCUAGAAAGGUAUGAACAUUUUAGAUAAAGCCCAAUUAGGAUUGUUGGGAUAACAGUAAAGAGAGGUUUCUUCUUCACAGCUAAGAGUCUUUUUUAAAAAGAAAAAUGAAACAUAAAACACAGAAAAGAAACCAGCAGGUCAACAGUGUUGUUUUGAACAGUGCCAAUUAAGAAUAUUUUAUAUUUGUGCUGUGCAUUUAAAAGACAGUGGGGACGUUUUGAUUGCAUACAAAGAAUGAAUUCUUUGAGAGUGAAAUCCAAAGUACAUGUAGGAAAAAAGAUUCACACAAAAAUGCGUUUUCACCAUUUCCAUGGUAAUCAACAUGAACACCACCAACACUGUGUAAAUGCAGAAUAAUUUGGAUUUGGCUCAUGUGAUCCUUUUAUGAAGCUGUAAAUUACACCUAAGUAGUGAAAGAGUUAAAAGUAAAGAACAGUUGAAGUUCAUAGGAAUGCUCUGAUUUAAAUACAUUUCUAAAAGGUCAGACAGAACAUAUUUUUUGUGAUAUUAAACUUCAGUAUGUUAAAAAUCAGCCUUUUCCUGACCUUACAAAACUGGAUGAGUUGCAAAUUGUGGGAGUUUAUUUCUAAGAAGUAAACAUUUAAAGCCCAAAGAUUCCUUUUGACAUCUUCUUUAUUUAUGUUAUGAUCUGGAAACUUUUCACAGAUAUUAAUUAUGAGAUUUUACCAAAUCCUAGAAACAACUUUGAUUUAGUGCAAACAUGCUUUCAAUAGCUCUGAAUGCCAAAAUAAACUUUCCAAGUUUCUUGUUUUAUUUAUUUAACUCCCACACAUAGUUUGAAAACUUCAAGUAAAAUGUCAGGUUUUGGUGACGUAAAGCAAUGAUCCUUUUUUCACGUCUGAUGUGAAUUUUACAAUUCAAAUAAACAACAAACAUUAAAUUGACUAAAGAGAUAAAAAUCAAAACAAGAUGCAGCAACCUGGUUGUUUAAGGGACAACAUUGUUGAAGUACUUGCUGUUUUCACAACACAUUUUGAUUCAGUUCCAGUAUUCAGUCUUCUUUAGUCUGUCAGGAUCCAACAUAUUAAUUUAUAUUUACCCUCUUCACCGAACAGAAAUGUCCAAAUCUAUCAGAUUGUGAGGACAAAAACAAGCCUGUGCAGGAGACCCCACAGUUUUUUUUCUUCCAGAGCUUUCAUUUCUUUUGUAGAUUUGGAUGUAUGCUUGGAUUUUUUCUGAUGCUGAAAAAUUAAACUCUGCAGUGUAUUAAUG